AUGGCGAAUAUUAGUGUUAUAUUUGGUGGAUUAAUCCUCAUCUGCCUUGGAUCUGCGCCUGUGUUUGGCAGCUUUUUCCACGGUCCACCACCACCUCCACCAGCAGUGGGAGUUCCGGUGGGUGUUCCGUUUCCAGUGCCCGUGCCGGUGCCCUCUCCAGUUCCUGUGCCUGUUCCCGCUCCUGUGGCUGUGCCUGCUCCUGUGGCCGUCUCGGAUACCGUAACCAUUCCCGCUGCCUACGGCUAUUCCUCUGAAUAUUCAUCCGCAUUCCAUCACUCGCCUCCGCCGGUCGCGCACUUCAAGUUCGCCGCAGCCUACGCGGCCCCACCGCCCUCCAUCAAGUACUCGCUGGGGGCUCCAGUGACCACCACAACCACAACAUAUUCUGGAUUUGCAGCACCACCCCCGCAGUAUGCAGCACCGCCACCUCCUCUGCAAUAUGCCGCACAUCAAUUUGGAGCCUCCCAUUAUGCUGCUCCCCCUCCGUCGCAGUUCUACUCCAGAUUUGCACCACCUCCCGGCUACCAGCUGGCAGCCGCACCACCAGCAUUCCAUGGCAGAUACAAACUCCACUUUGGAGCGCCUCCUCCAUCGCCAGCCGCCGUCUACGGGGCUCCCCCGCCGCCACAAUUCUCCUACUCCGCCACUCAGGGCUGGUAG